AGUUUGAAGUUUCACAUGAGGUACCACGGAGCUGAUGCACCGUUCAAAUGUGAGCACUGCUCGAGGAUGUUCUUGAAGCAUCUGAGACUGAAACACAACUACUACAUCUCAAAUCAUAAAAAUAGGUUCAAGUGUGUCACAUGCUCUUUCUCUUUCAACACAGAAACGCAACUGAAAGUUCACAUGUCAAAAUUUAAACAUUUCAAAGUCUACAAGUGUUCCAUCUGUUACAAAACUUUCAUCGGCAUGUCCAUUUUUCUAAACCAUAGGAGGCUUCACUUCCAGCCCAAAUACAAAUGCAAGUACUGCCCGUUCGGUGUUUUCAACUUGAAAAUUCUAAAGAGGCAUGAAUUGACACACAAAGUUAAAAAUGGAUUGAAAUGUAAAUACUGCCCUUAUCACUGUAAAGAAUCUAAAACAUUAAUGAUCCAUAUGAACUUGCACAUGAAUGAAAGGGCAAAAUUUAAAUGUCACCUCUGUACGUACGGGUCACAGUGUGUUGGCUGGCUGAACAUACACAUGAAAGUACACACAGAGGAAUACAUAAACAAGCAUUACACUAAUUGGAGGUGUGACCGAUGCCCGUUCGUCUGCACCUCCUACGAAAUCUUGAGGCGCCACAUCUCCAUGCACAUUUACAAGCGCACGUAUGCCUGCUUGCAUUGCACAUACACUGCCUCUAGCAUGGCCUACUUGGUGCAGCAUGGCAGACUGCAC